AGAGACUUCCUCGUAAACCAUAGUCACCUUUUCUUCCUCCCCCUCUCCCUCUCCGGCGGCGGAACCACCGAACUGACCACCCCAACGGCGGCCGGAGUUAUGUCUACUCCGGCAGAUACACAGGAUGACGUCAGCCUCUCCGAAUUGAAGAACAAAAUGGCCGAUUUCGCACAGGAACGAGACUGGGAUCAGUUUCACAGUCCUAGAAAUCUCCUUCUCGCACUGGUAGGAGAAGUAGGAGAAUUAUCGGAGAUAUUUCAAUGGAAAGGUGAGGUACCAAGAGGACUUCCGGGUUGGGAAGAUAAAGAAAAGCAACACCUUGGAGAAGAAUUAUCAGAUGUGUUGCUAUACUUAGUACGAUUAUCUGAUAUAUGUGGUGUUGAUCUUGGUAAAGCUGUACUUAGAAAACUGGAAAUUAACGCGACUAAGUACCCGGUUAAGCUAUGCAAGGGGUCAUCAAAAAAGCACAAUCAAAUAAUAAACAACAGUGACACUAGCAGCAGCAACAUCAAGGAUGAUGGUGUCUCUCAUGAUGGUGUUUGAUCUUUUUUAACCUUUUAUCUAAUGUUUUUGACCUUUGACCCAAUGUGGGUAAUCAUUUCCUCCAAGUCCUUUUGAUAUGCUACAUUUUCAAGUAUGGUCUAUGAUAUAAUACCUUGAUCUAAGAUGUUCUUGGUUU